AUGUCUCCAACAAAGCGCUCCUCGCGAGCCCGCCGAGGCUCGGUUCGAGAUGCGACCGUUGAGCGCCGAGACGAUUCAUCGCCCUCGCGCCCGGUGAAGCGCAGGAAACAGGCCCAGGCCAACUCUUCGGAGCACGACAUCCCCGAGGAGCCCGAUUCCAGUCUCGUCGCCGACACGUCCGUAGUGAACCUUCACGACGCCCUCGAAGUGGUGACCCGCGUCACGCAGAACCUGACGUCGCCGCGCGACCAGGUCCUGCAGGCGAGCAAGGACCAUGCCAACGCCAUACACGAAGAGAACCAGGAGGGAGUCCAGGCCUUUGCCAAAAUAGCCGGCCACGACUGGACUUACUACGUCACCAAGACCACCAUCAACAUCGGCCGCACCUCGGACCCGCCGCCAACACACCAGGACGAGGAGAAUAAAGACUUUGUCCACAUCGACCUGGGCCCCAGCAAGAUGAUAUCGCGCCAGCACGCCAUGAUCACCUUCAACUCCACCUGGACGCUCGAGGUCAAGGGCCGCAACGGCGUCAAGUUGGAUGGCGAGCCCCAGAAGCAGGGCGUGUCGACCCCACUGACAAGCGGGAGGGUCAUUGAGAUUGGCGGCAUCGAGAUGAUUUUCGUUCUCCCCCUCGAUAGCGCGCCGCUGCGCAUACACCCCACAUAUAUUGAGCGGGCCGGGCUCCAGGGCACCGAGUUCUCCGGCACGGGCAAGGAUUCCGAGGUUGUUGAGGACGCUCUCCGGCCCACCACCUCGUCCAGCGCCGUCCAGGCCGUGAGCGGGAGGGUCGCGCUGCCCCGUAGCCAACCAUUGCCCCAGACGAUCGCGCCGGCGCCCCCCGACUACAGGCGCCCAGGGACACCGCCGUCGGUGCGCAGCCGCGGCGCCGGGUCCCAGAACAGGUCGCCGCAGUUCAAGGAUGGCACUAUGCUCAUGAACCCCAAUGAUGUCGACCUGAGCCUGGACGAGAACAAGCACAUCAAGCCCCAGUACAGCUAUGCGCAGAUGAUCACCCAGGCCAUCAUGAACACGGCCGACGACAAGCUCAACCUCAACGGCAUCUACACCUUUAUCAUGCACAACUACUCGUACUAUAGGCACCAGCAGGCUGCCGGCUGGCAGAAUUCCAUCCGCCAUAACCUGUCCCUAAACAAGGCGUUUGAGAAGGUGGCAAGGUCGACAGACGAGCCUGGCAAGGGUAUGAAGUGGCAGAUCGUGCCCGAGGUCAAGGACGAGAUGACAAGAAGCGCAUACAAGGGAGGGCGCGGCGGCCACCGCGGCUCUUCAAACCCGUCCUCUCCGAACCAGCUCAACUAUGUGAAUCAGGGCCCGAGAGAGAUGGCAGCCAGAGACCUCGGUUCCUCGCGAAAGCGCAAGGUCUCGCCGUCUGGCUCGCCCCAGCCCCGCUCAGCCCUUCGUGACCUGCACAUGACACCGGACCGCAGCUCCCGUCGUCUCCUCCCCGGUGAGUCGGGUCUGGGGAUCGAUGGCAGUCCGCUACCACGCUUCCGUAAGACGGCAGCAGCAGCGGUGGCCCUGCCGUCCACAGAGGCGACAGACGAGCUGCAGCCCGAGGAUAACAUCCCUCGGUCACCCACUCUCACUUCCUCGUAUCUCCAGGAGGACGGUGGGUCGUUCGUAACACCGGCGCCGCACCGAGUCAACCUGCGGCUCGCCCCGCCCAGCACUGCUCAGCGGCCCAGCCAACAUAUGCCAACGAGCUCGCCAGCGCCGUUCUGGAAGUAUGCCGACAUCGGAAGCACGCCAUUGAGGGGCCCGUCGGCUCUAGAUUUCAGCCCAUCGAGGCCACGACUGGAACCUCUGCCACAGAGCAGCAGCCCUCCCCAGGGCCCGAGCAAGUCUCCUGUUCAGAGCCCAACAAGACGCACAGCGCGGCUUGGAGGGGAGCUGUUGCAACCAAAACCAGGACCACCGGAGCAGCCCCCUGCUGCAAACGAGGUUGAGGAGGAUGGAGGGUUCGACCUGACAAAGGGAUUCCAAAGCAUCGGUUCUUAUCACGCACCAGUCAGCCGUGGCUUUCAAGUCGCACCCGCUGCCAAUGGCAGGUAGGGGAUCGUCGCCACUAUAAAAAUGCCCGAGCCUAACUCCAUCCAUAGCAUACGCAUGUGUCCUAUCGGAUUGUCUCCCAGCCGGUGCCUCUGAUCCUAUCCCUCACGGGAAAGGCUCGGACUAGGUACCAUCGAUUCCAUGCAACCCAGCCCACCCUCACGGGCACCUCUCUGAUGCACUCGGGCCUUGCCCACCCCACACUCUUUUUCUUCACGUUUUCCCCUCUGCCAUCGUGGAAGUCAGCCAAAUCUGGCUCCCCAAUCGAACAAGGCCACCACCCAGAAACCAGCGAUGACGGUCUGUGCUUGCGUUCACGCCGGCGUACUAUGAUGGUUUCGUAGCGUACUGCAUUUUUCCGCUCUCUUCUUCUCGUGUUCUUGUUGCUGCGCGCAGUGGCUUUGAGGCUCAUGCGACAGCGUUGUACUCACUCUCCUUUUGCUCGGUUCCAUCACGGAUGACACUGCAUUUAAGAGGCGAAUCGGUUUCGUGGGAGGGUUGGCUGGUUGGUUUUUUUUUUUUUUUUUUU